GAUGAAUAAUCUGCAAUAUCAAGAAGGAGCUGUACGAAUCAUUCCAGAAACCUCGAGUAGAAUAAAAGCCCCUAGUUUUGAUGGCACCACACCUUUUAAUGUGUUCAAGUUCCAGUUUGAGACAGUUGCCAUCAGAAACAUGUGGAAUAAUGAAGAAAAAGCUAUAGAAUUGAUCUUAGCCUUAAAAGGAGGUGCUUCAGUAGUUCUUGAGAGCGUACCAGUGAGCAACAGAAAUAAUUAUGACGACAUAAUGGAAGCACUACAACGCAAGUACGGUGGAGAACAUAAAAAGGAAUUAUACCGAAUGGAAUUGCGUGGCAGAGUGCAGAAGGCCAAUGAGACACUACAAGACUUUGCAUUGGAAAUCGAGCGAUUGAUACAGCUUACUUAUCCAGGAGAACAUCACCCGUUUUUGGAUAUUUUCAAGAUAGAGGCAUUUGUAAAUGGCAUACGUGAUCCUGAGAUAAAACAUGCGGUUUGUGCCACACCAAAGCCAUCAUUCGCUGAAAAUGUCUCAUUUGCGCUGGCACAAGAAACGGCUAAAAUAAUUUCAAAGCCACAAAUAUUCAAGGUACGAAAUGUCGAGGUUGUCGCUGAAAACGAAAGGAAUAUAGUCACUGAGAUAAAAGAGGCAGUUUUAGAGGCUUUAAAUGAGAAACAAAAUAAAGCCAAAAUCAAAUGCUAUAACUGUGGAAAAACCGGACAUAUUCAGCGAAACUGCAAAGCACAAAGAAAACGUACCAGAUCGGUCUCACCGCCAAGAAACAACCAACAGGUAAAUCAUCACUCAUCACAAGAAUCACCUUUAAAUUAAAACGAGCUAGCACUGAGGGGCAAGAGCUAGCUCCCACAUAUGACGGCCCCACAAUCUCCAUAUCAGUAAUGCAGCAGAAAAAUAGUAAUCUAACUGCUGGUGGAUACAUCAAUGGUCGAAAGCACAUUUUUACUAUAGACACAGGAGCGUCGCAGUCUAUUAUUAGACCAGAUUUAGUUAAGAAAACAAUUGAACCACUAUGCGGGGUAAGAUUACGCACCGCCACUGGAGAGCCUGCCACUGUCUAUGGUAAAGUAAAUGCGAAAGUAAUCAUUGCCAACAUAAGCGUAGAUCAUGUAUUUAUUGUUGCCGAUAUCGUGGAUGAGGUAAUCAUUGGUGCAGACUUCAUGAUUAUGCAUGGCAUUAAAUUACAUUUGGGACCAAAUGUUAUGAUUUGGCGAAAUGUUGAAAUACCUCUUGAUGUCGGAUAUCAAAGCAAGGCUCAAGUAAAAAAACUAGUUGCUAUUGAACAUGAAAAAUUGCCUCCACAGUCAGAGGUUUUGAUAUGGGCCCGUAUGGAGGGAGAUUGUGAGGACAACAGUUUGUGGGUAGUAGAACCAGCAGA